UGAUCGCCAAGCCCAUUUAUACAUCUCUCCCAAAGGUAGAAUGUGCGACCUCACUUAAGCUCCUUCUUUACGAGUUGAGCAAAACAAAAAAAGGAGAGAGAGAGAGAGAAAGAAAGAAAGAAAUUGUAGAGAGAGAUGGGCACAGAGAAGAGAGGUAGCAUUGCCUUCUUCGCAACCUACCGGCCACCAUUGCCACUUGACGUGUACUCAUGCCGGUUGGAUCCUCCACCCACGUCCAGGAAAGAUGAGCUUCACUUGAUCGCUGACAAAUCAGACAAUUACAAUUACAAUGCCCAAGUCAUUCCACCGGCGGCCCUCAAGACUAUUCUGAAGCGCCCAAAACUGGCCGGCAAAUACAAAGAAGCCGAUGUAGAUUCCGGUCUUCUUUCGGGCUUUGUUUUCGUCUCCGAACGAGGCAGCCCCCAGCUCGAGACGCUCCACAUAGCUCUCCGCAUCAAUGACGAGACCACGCCCGAAGUCACUGUCUUCAGUUUGGCUGAUAUUUUCGGCACAAAAGACUUCAGUGGCGUUCGUUUGGAAGACAGUGGUUGCUUUGCCGGUGAUUAUCUCAUCUAUGUCAGCACCAAGGAGCCCGCGCGUAAACGCCGUCAACCCUGGACUGUCGUUUACAAAACCAAUCUUAAGACCGGAAAAACCGAACGCCUCACUCCGUCAAUGCAAGCUGAUUUAAGCCCCGCCGUGUCACCGUCGGGAAAGAAGAUAGCGGUGGCCUCAUUCCAGGGAAAGAGCGGUGGAUGGGAAGGCGAGAUCGAAAAUCUGAAGACAAACAUUUUUGUGAUGAACGUAGACAAGCCCUUUGAUCGCAAGUUGGUGGUGACGGACGGUGGGUGGCCGACGUGGGGAAGCGACGGCGUGAUAUUUUUCCACCGCAAGAUUGAGAACUCAACUAAGAGCGAAGAGAACUUUUGGGGUGUAUUCCGAGCCGACAUUAGCAAAAUUCUCGCAUCAAAGAGCAGUCCUCCCAUCACAGACGCCCCUCGUGUGACCCCGGUCGAUAUCGAUGCUUUCACUCCGGCGGCCAUUAGCGAAACUAAAGUGGCAGUGGCAACUAUUCGCAAAAAAUCAAAAUUCAGUGACGUCCGUGUAGAAGAUCAGUAUCGGCACAUUGAAAUUUUUGAAUACUCACCCAGUGGAGUAAAAGAAUCCGUAAAAAUCACUCGAUUCAUAAGACCAAAGGCUGACCAUUUCAACCCUUUUCUGUUCGAUGGUAUUGAUGAGACAAGACGCAUCGGUUACCAUCGUUGCAAGAGCGACCUUAUCAAGAAAGGAGAGGAUAUCCCAAGGAAGUUCCACAAGCUCGAGUCUCCGCAUCCGGACGUAGGACUGUUCAGGGUCUCGGGAGUGUUUCCGACAUUUUCCAAAGACGGCUCCCAACUUGCAUUUGUUGACAAUGAGUUCAAGGCCAUCUGGUUGGCUGAUAGCAAAGGCUUGCGUAUUGUUUUCAAUACAAAAGUCGACAAUUUCUUCUCGCCAGUUUUUAACCAAAAUUCAGAAUUGGAUAUACUUUACGUGUGCUCGGGACCUUCUUUCAACGCCGACAAAGAACUGAGCAUCGACGCCAUCUUUGACGUGUCCAGUGGUGAUCAGCAACGUAUAACGCUCACAAAACCCGGCUCCAAUAAUGCCUUCCCAUCCUCCAGUCCAGACGGGAAGAAAUUAGUUUUUCGAUCUACAAGAAAUGGUGGGGAUAAAAAAUACAAGAACCUAUACAUAACGGACGCAGAAGCAGGGGAAUAUGGGAAUGGCUUUUUAACAAGGCUAACAGAGGGCGAUUGGACUGACACACAUUGCCAAUGGUCCCCAAAUAGUGAUUGGAUAGUAUUCUCAUCAACCCGCGACAAGCCUAAAGAUGCACCCCCACUUGACAAUGGUCUUGACCCAGGUUUCUUUGCAGUGUUUUUAGUGAAUGUGAACAAACCGUCGGUGGUGGUAAGAGUGGUAGGAAGUGGAAAUAGACUUGCAGGACAUUUGAACCAUCCAUUUUUUAGUCCGGAUGGAAAUAGCAUCGUUGUGACUGGGGAUCUUGCCGCAGUUUCUUCUGAACCCAUCUCUUUACCUCUCUUCCUGCACUCUGUGAGGCCUUACGGAGAUAUCUUCACUGUCGACAUUGACCCGAAGAAUAUAGAAAAGAACGAGGACGUGGAGAAGUUCAAACGCAUCACACAUAGUAGAUACGAGUAUUCGACUGCUAGUUGGACCAUGUUCUCAACUACAGACCCGAAUGCAGCGUGGAACAUGCAGCUUGCAGCCGGCAAAAGCUACACUCCCAGCUGCCCUUAUGCAUACGCCGAUGGCGGCGAAAGUUGGCACAUGACUGGCCACCUUUGCAUUCCAAAAAGAUGUUGUUGAGUUGAUUGCCUUUUGUUUGUGUUGUUCCUGUAUCUUGCACCUAUCUGCUUUUCAUGAUCCCGUUUGCGUGCUUUCGUUUUUUAUGUUCCUAAUAAAUAAUAUCGUCGUCUUCAUUAUCUGCUACGUACUGCAAUUUCAAUGUCAAAUAGAGCCGUGGCUACAGAAUUCAUGUAUAAGCAGAAUUUGCCCUGUUGUUUCCAGACUUAAUAAAUUACUGUUGAUGUGCACUGUGUGUACUUUACUUUA